GUGACAUUAUGAAUUUCGUUCCAUUUGGGGAACUGUGAGAUCUAUAGCCUUUUAUUCGUAUAUCUCAGUUUUUCUAAUUAGUAAUUGCUAGUGGUAUCCUUGUUUCACACAAUGUAUGUUCAAAAUGUUUAUUUUUUUCCUAUUACAAUCUGUUUGACAGUAUUUGCCAGACACACGUAAAAAUAAUAAAAUUACGUACAAAAAUAUCUAUUUUCCAGAUAAAAAUUAUUUGUUGUAAUAAUGGAAAACAUUUCAGGAAGUGUGAAAUUAUUGAGAUAAUUAUAUGAACUAUUUAACGAGUGAUGACGUUGAAUUGGGACUAUGUAACCUUAAAAGUGUUAAAAGAAACAAACUUUGCUUUCUCAUUGUUUGAUAAUCAUCGUUAUCUGGCCAGAAUAGUGCGUUGAUAUGUCACAUUUUGGAGAUUUUAUGGACGGUGUGCCCGUUAAAAUAUCUGAGAAGUAUAAAAGGCCACUUAGAUUUGAUUUACCUUAUACAGUAAACGAAUGUCCAAUUAGAGCUCAGGCUGUCGUCGACAGCGCUAAUUAUUCGUGUGCGUUUGAAAGAAACGUCCUUGCCAAACUUAAGGAGCUUAGAAAUGCGAAGGAAACGAAAAAGAAUGAAAGGCGGCAUCGUCUCCAGCUGCUGCAAGAGGCGGAACAGAAAAGGCUGGACGCGAUAGCUGCCGCCGAAGACGAGGAGCGGCUUAAACAGCUGAGUGUGUCAGAGGUAUCAUACCCAAGUACUGACGAAAUUAGCCCAUUGUCUCCUGAUGAGAAAGCCGAUAAAAACUGUGAUAACAUUGCUAAAGUAGAUAAACCCUUAGAGCAUACUAAUGUGUCAACUACUGUUAACUAUCCAACAACUAGUGCUGCUACUGAGUCUCAACUUAAUAUACUGCAGCCCAUACAGGUGAAGACACAUCUACAGGAGAACAGCCUACUGGAUGAUCCUGAUCCUCUACAGAAUUUAAAGUUAAAUACAAUGAUUACUAAAAUACCCCAUAACCCUAACAUAGACACACUAACAUUUAGAGAUUUUGAGAAUGAUACUUCAAGUCCCUUUGAUAAUGUGGAGCUGAAGACUAUAAAUGAUAUGGAGCUGCUGGCACAGGUGCUGCAAAGUCAGAAAGAUUCUACAACAAGUUGCCAGCCUCAGCCAAGUUAUGCUCCAGAAAAUAGCUAUGUCAUUCCUAAUUGUGCCUCCCAGCCACAUAUGGAGGGGGUCACAUAUUUACCAGCACAAUAUUUAGAUCAACCCCUCCAAAAUUCAAAUAUGAUGUAUGGAUCUCCACAACAUUAUCCAAUCACUAAUGGGUAUUAUAUACCCACAGAUAAUGAAGCUGCUAAUAUGUACAUGCAAAACUAUCAAUACUAUGUCCCUCCUAAUCCAUACACUCCCGUAGAACCAUACUAUGGAAGUCAGAUGCCAACAACAUCAGCAGAUAUUGGUCAUGUGCCAAAUGGUUCAUACAUUCCACAGCCUUAUUACUAUCACCAGUAUCCUCAAGUUCCUGUGGCAUAUGCACCUGGGAAUGCACCAGAGGCUUACCAAGUUGUGAUGCAAAAUGAGAGCUCAGAUCAAACUACAGUAGUUGCAGGUCCACAAGCUGCAGUGAAAUCUAGGUCUAGAAGUGUGCCCGACAUUGUUAGAGAACUAAAUGAAGAACUGGCUAAACUACGGAUGAGUGAGAGAUCAUACAAUGCCAGCCCGGCUCCUAAAAACCAAUCUCCACAGGCAUCCACUCCCGCUACAAGUAGUGAAAGUAAGGAGGAGAAGAGGACUAGGAAAAGAACGGAGAACCUGCCAAAUCCAUUUGAGAAGUUGUCACCAAGGUUGCAGGACAUGUGUAGGAAGAUUCAUGGAAUGGGUUUUCCUCUUGACAGGGUAGCUAGGGUGUGUACCCUUGUAGGUGAUAAUGACAAAAAAGUGAUCGAAGGUCUAUUAAUACUCGGUGACUUGAUGGACCUUGGCUUCCCAGAAGGCAGGGUGUCUGCAGCGUUAGCUAAGCACGAAUUUAACAGGGACAAAGCUUUGGAUGACCUGGUACCGUAACAGAGUAAGGACCCCGAAUAUUUGUAAGAGGACUACAGAG